CUGAAAGCUUGAUGUUGUCAAGUAUGGAGAACUACACGAUCAAGGAACAAAUUGGAAAAGGAGGUCAAGCCACUGUUCACAUCGUUGAAAGACAACUAGAUAAUAAACAGUUUGUGUUGAAAAAGGUUGAGUGCUUUGAUGAGAGUGAGGCUAACAAGGCCUUCAAAGAGGCCGAAGCACUAAGAGAUCUCCAACAUGUCUAUGUUUCAGGCUACAAUGAGUUCUUUGUUUUGUGGGAAAAACAGGAUUCCUCAGUAUACAUCUGUAUCUUGAUGGAUUACUACCCAGAAGGCACUCUUGACACCAUGCUGGAAAAAUACAGACAGAAAAAUGGGGUUAUUCAAGAGCAGCAAGUGAAGUUUUGGCUGGGACAGAUAGUUGAAGCAUUGGUCUAUGUGCACAAAAAGAAAAUUAUUCACAGGGAUUUGCGUCCAACAAACAUCUUCAUGACAGAGGAUGGGACUCUAUGCGUCGGGGAUUUCGGUGUCGACACAAUCAUGGGAGAUGCUGUCACAUGCACCAGGGCUACAGCAGCUUCCAUGAACUACAUGGCACCAGAGGCAGCCACCGAGGGUUACACAGAGAAGAGUGAUGUCUGGUCGCUAGGCUGUGUAUUGUUUGAGCUGGUGACCGCGUGGAUGUACUCGCGUAAAGACGCCAUUGAUAAACUACAGGAAGUGAGGGCAAACCCUGCUGUCCUGGAUGAAGUGUUUGAGGACAUCUCAAAGCAUUACAGUGAUGCUCUUAUCAAAUCCCUAGCCAGCAUGCUGAAAGUCAACAGUCAACAAAGAACAACUCCAAUUGGCCUCCUGUCAAACAACUACAUCCGGGAGUGUGUUGCCCUGAGUGACUCCAGUCAGCUUGAGAAGAGAAAACGUAUCCAGUCAGCAUCCACCAGCCCUUCAGAUAUUGUGUUAGUCUCCACGGAACCAACAACCAACUGUAGCUGGCCUGUACCCAGGGGCCAGGGAGUGUUGGUGGUAUUGGAGUAUCUAGCCAGCCAUGUGGAUUAUGAGAGCUGUGUACAAGAAGCUCUGGAUUAUCUUCUUGAGCUUGCAAAAUCAGAGGAUGGUCUUAGCUUGGACCCAAGAGGCAAGAAACUGGUUGCCAUGGCAAUGAAGAACAACAUGCAAGAUGACAAAAUACAAAUCAGUGGAUGUAAAGUUCUAAAUAGUCUCCUUGUUGGAGUUCCAAAAUACAACAAGAGACCAGCUGAUGUGGAAGAUGCCAUAUUCUUACCUGAAGUUUUGGCUGUUGUACCUUUAGCUAUGGAGAACCAUACAAAUAAUGUUGAAGUCCAGCUGGCUGCUGCCUCACUCCUGGUUUCACUUGCAGCAAACAGUGUAGCAGGGGAGGUAAUUGGUCAUCUAGGUGGGGUUCAGGAUGUGCUUACUGCCCUUAGAACCCACUCCAACAAUGUACAGAUUUGUACAGUCUGUCUCAAUGCUCUGUGGGGACUCACAGUUCAUGGAAACAAUGUGAAGCUUGCAACAGAAGGUGGGGCUAUAAAAGAAGUGUGCAAUGUUCUCAAGAUUCACAUGAACUCCUCGGAGGUUGCAGAAGCUGCCUGUGCUGCUGUACUGGCUAUGUCCCUGGAUGAGGAGAAUCUGGCAGUGAUUUGUGACCUAGACGGGGUCGGACUUCUAGUGUCUGCGAUCGGCACCCAUGGUUCCAACGCUAAAGUUGUGAAGAAUGCCUGCCUUGCUCUAGCCAGUCUUGUUGAAAUUGACGAGGAGUCCGCCUACCGUGUCUUGACAAAUGAGGGCCCAAACAACACCCACAUACCAGGCAUUCCGAUCGUUAUGAAGACAUACGACUUGCAUAAAGAUAAUGCUGAAGUGGUUGAGAGCAUUGUCACCUUACUUAUGGAGCUUGCUGAAUAUGAUGAUGUGAGGGCUGAAAUGAAUCAUCUAAAUAUUGGCCCUGGUUUGCUCUCCGAAAUAUUCAAACGGUUUAAAGAGAAUGUGAACAUCAUGGGACCAUGUGACAAGGCACUUGAGAAACUGCGCAAAGUGAAAAGGCCCGUUGUUCCCCCAACGCCGAGCCCCGACAUGUUAAAAUCCACCACUCAGAAGACUGUUGAAGCAUAGACGUUGAAUAGAUUUUGAAGAUUUUCGUUAAUGUUAUUGAUUUAUAUUGUGAUAUUGUGGAUUAUACAAGCAUUUCUGUGAUUUUUAAAAUAAGUUGACUCCAUAUUACAAAUUGAAUUAAAGAGAUAAGUGUUAUUUGGUUUAGACUUGUGAAAUGACCUACUUUGUUCUAGGAGGUUGAAUGUCCAAAUUGUAUAUGUUCGUAAACUGUUAGGAAGCGAUUCUAGCAUCUUUUAACAAAACACUUCCUUAAACAUUGUUUAAUUCUUGACAAUAAUAACAUGUCAACUGAUCAUGGCUUAGUGGUAUAGUAUCGGUUACCUUAUCAUUGUGAUACAUAUUGUAAUCUAUGUUGCAUACUCAUGUUUCAUGUAAAAAUUAUUCUUUAUAAUACAAGUUGUAUUAUACAAAGCAUGUGUGAUAUUUUGAUCAUGAUAUACCAUACCACGUAAUUUGCAUGUCAGUCUCAAUCACGGUUUAAAAUCAUGAAAUAAUUAUGGCUGUUGUGAAAAAUGUUAUUUGUUGAAGCUAACAUUUCCAUUAUUUGUUAACAAAUAAAACUGAGAACAUGAA